AGAGUGCCGGUGUAAAUCGUUCAAUAUUUCGACAACUUGAUAUCCAAAAUGGCGACAGGAGGUUUUUCUGCAGACACCUCGGACGAAGUAUUCGAUUAUGUUUGUUCGAUGUGUAAGGAGCAAAAUAAAACUGUAAAUGCCGCGAAAUAUUGCGUGGACUGUCAUGAUUACUACUGCUCAGAUUGUGUUAAUAUUCACAAAUCUGUUCCCGCACUAAAAGGACAUAAAAUAGUGGAUAAAGAAGUCGGUCAGGAAGGAAAACUGCCGAUGGUACCUACGGAGCGGUGUGAGAGACAUAGCUACAAGCCUGUUGAUAUGUAUUGUCAGAGUCAUCACAUUGUCGAAUGUUACACAUGUAUGGCUGUCGAUCACAGGACCUGUCAAGAUGUAUUCUACGUACCGGAAUUUGUGAAAACAAGAAAAAAUGUUGUGCCAGAAUUUCUACAGCGUAUUACAAAUGUUGAAACAAAAUUACAGGAUUUUCUCAAAUCCUUCAACAGAGAAUGUACUGAUCUACAGGACAAUAAAUUGAAAGAAAUAGAUACAGCAAAAAGGUUUACAAAGAGUCUUGAAGAGAGGAUAAAGGAAGCAGAAAAAGAUGCGAUUGAUAUGAUAGAAAAAAGAUACACGAAAUUAAAUGAAGAGUUACAGAAGAACACCGACAAUGUACAAAAAGAAGUGAAAAAUGUCGGAUCAACGAGAGCAGACAUCGAUUCUAUCAUCCAAAACGAGUCGCAAGCUUUUGUUUCUAUGAUAUUCGGAGGAAAGAGCGUUUCGUCUGCUGAAAAACUAUGUAGAAACGCCGAGAUGAUCAAACUUGGCAGACGAGUUAAGUUCUUACUUAAUCCACAAUGUGAAUCGCUCAUGGCAAAAAAACUUUGCCUAGGAAAAGUGAAAUGUUUGUCAUAUAGUUUUGUGCGUAAUGGUGAAUUCAACAUCAAACUAAGCUCAGAUUCCUCGUCUUGUGCGAUAUAUGGUUCAUGUAUUCUUGCUGAUGGAUCUGUCAUUUUCUCUGAUCGAGACAACUGCACCUUAAAACUUAUUGAUGGUACUGCAUUGAAUGUUAUACACCAUUACAAACUGAGUUCGAAGUCAUGGGAAGUAUGUUGCAUGGAUAACAACGAAGCAGCUGUUUGUCUUCCAGAUGAGAAAAAAGUCCUUGUUGUGAAAGUUAAUCAUGAACUUUCUCCAGAGAGAUUUAUACGAGUAGAGUUCAGCUGCCAGGGAAUAUCAUUCCAUGACGAGAAAUUUUACAUAGCCGAUGGCACCUGUCUUUACAUAUGCACUACAAAUGGCGCUAUAUUAAAAACAAUUAGCCGAGACUCGUCAGGGAAAUCAAUGUUUAAAAGUAUCUUCAACGUUUCUGUGUGUAGGUAUAACAGACGUAUUUUUGUGAAUGAUAUAAGAUUGGGUGUCAUCAGUCUUGAUAUUGAUGGAAAUAUUCAGCAUGUAGUUUCAAAUGAUAUAAAGUAUGCUCAUGGAUUAACAGAAGCAGAUAACGGGAAAGUAUUAGCAUGUGGAUAUUCUUCAAAGAACGUCAUCCUUCUGGAUGAAAACGGGGCAUUUGAAAAAGUUAUCAUCAAAGACGGUUUAUCAGGACCAAUGGCUCUGUGUUUCAACUGCAGCACUGGGCGUUUGUAUGUUCCGAAUUUCCAAAAGGACGUCGUGCAGAUUUUUGAGUUGGAAGAUGUAGAUUAAAGGAUGAGGGUUUACAUCUGGUUUUCUGGACUCUGUACAAGUAUAGCUACUUGUUCCUUUCCAGCACAAAUGUUUACGCUUCCAUGGAUAAAUAUAACAAACCCAUUUUUAUAGUUGAUAGCACAAACUGAGAUAAAGGUUAGUUACAGACAACAAAAAUUUUGUGCUAAGAGAAAUGUUUGCAUGUGGAUAUUCUUCGAAUACCACCAUCCUUCCGAAUGGACAUGGUGCAUUAUAAUAAAGAUGUGUGUAAGUCUUUGGAAAAUGGAAAUGUGUUGCGAUAUAUAGUUCGAGGUUAUGACAAAAAGCCUGUAAGAUCCUUUGAAAGUAUAUAACACAACCAAUUAAAAUAAAUGUAGACUCAAUUUGAUUGAAUCUGUUCAUGAGGGUAUGCACCCCUAUUGUGUGAAGUGACUGUCUAACUGUAUAUUACAUACAACGUUGCAGAAAGAGUAUUGGAAAAUUCCAGCAUGGAUCCUCAAGCGAGAUCUGACUGCCCAGUAUGGUGGCCACACCCAGUGACCGUAAACUCGGCAUUUUAUCACAUGAUUGUGUAUCAAUAAAGACAUCAGUAACUGAAUGCCACAGAACCACACCUUAGGGAUUAGUAAAUGAAUAACAAAGAACCAAACCGCUUUAUGAAAAAAAUUGUCUCAGCAGUAAUCCGAUAUGCAAGUUCUUUGUGGUAGAUCUAGUCUUGCAUAAAUGCACCUCCUACAACCUACUUUUUCUCUUGCCGCAGAAAGCUACCACUGACGUUAUUUUUGCCCAGUGGUCUAGUGGCAACAUAAUUGAUACAUUCCAGCAGUCAGGGUGUCGAAUCCCAGACCAGGCACUGAAAAUAUCUGAGAUGCUUUUAAAGUUAGGUCUGUAAUUGUUCUUCCAAAGAGUGAUGUCUUUGUGUGUUGGUGCUAUACAUUGGGCAAGUCAUUAAACCAGACUGUCCAUUCAGAUAGAGCUAUGCUAAGCUAGUCGGACAUGUCUGUAUCUCAUUAUUCUGGGACUCUGAACAGGUUAUUCAAUAUCUGUAUAGGUAGAUGAAUUUCAUGGAAAUCUUUUAAAUUAGCAACAUCCUGCGGCUUAGUAUCAGCAUUAAUGGUCAGGUGAAAUUUUAUAUCUAAGACUGAGAAGUAAAACAAUAAUAGAACUUAAUAUUUGUAAUCAAAACUUUUGUUCUCAUUUCAAAAAGUGCCGCCAUAUGCUUAACUCCUCUUAUUUUUGUAUAUUAUAGGGACACUGUAUAUAUCAUAUUAUUUGUAUUAGCAUUAUUAUUAUACCAGAUUUAUAUAACACUCUUUUCAUGAUAAACGCACUCAAAACUGCUUUACAUAAUAUAUAUCGCAGCCAUUCGGAUCAAGGAAAUUCAAAUCUCUAUGUUUUUUAAAUUGCUUUUAAAUAAAUUGGCACACCUGUU